CAUCCACCACCUCCGUCUCUCGCACUGCCGAUUGUGGCCUGCCGCUUCCAUGACCAUCUCGGCCCCCCACCCCGAGGAGACUAGCGUCCGGCUGUCGCCCCAUGUUGUGCCUCGCCACUACACCUUGGACUUCCGGCCGGACCUGCGCAAGCUCAAGUUCAACGGCUCGGUCGAGAUCCAGGUGCAGGUGCUCGAGCCCGUGUCGGUGAUCCGCUUCCACGCCGUCGACCUGGACAUUUCCGACGUUCGUCUCGAUGGCAAGGCCGGCCCGCUCUGGCCAAAGACCGCCUACAUCAAUCCUCAGACCGAAACCGUCGAUCUGACCUUUGCCAGCCCCGUCGAGCCGCAGGACUACGUCCUCGCCGUUCGCUUCCGCGGCACUAUCAAGGACCGGGUGCCCCGCGGCUUCUACCGCAGCUCCUAUGUCGACGACAACGACGUCACCCACUAUCUGGGCGUCACCGACUUUGAGCCCAACUAUGCCCGGUGCGCCUUUCCGUGCUUUGACGAGCCUGCCCUGAAGGCCGUCUUCCAGAUUUCCAUCACCUCCAACCUGCCUGUGCUCUCCAACAUGCCCGUCCAGAGCGUCUCGCCUGCGGGCAAGCACCGUCUGCAACGCUUCUCGUUCGAGCCCACGCCGGUGCAGUCGACCUACCUGGUCGCCUGGGCCAUCGGCGAGAUGACCCGGCUCGAGUCCUUCACCAAGUCGGGUAUGCCCGUCGGCGUUUACACCCAGCCCGGAAACGAGGAAUAUGGCGGGUUCUCGCUCGACAUUGCCACCAAAUCGACCGACUACUUUGCCGAGCUGUUCGACUACCCGCUUCCGGUCCCCAAGAUGGACCACUUCCCUGUCCCGGAUUAUAUCUCCGAGGGAAUGGAAAACUGGGGCCUCGUCACCUACGAGGAUGAUCUGCUCAUGUGCGAUGUUGAGGCUUCGCCGGCCGAAGAGCUUCAGGAAAUCGCAAUGUUGAUCACCCAUGAGGUUGCGCACCAGUGGUUCGGCAACCUCGUCACCAUGAAGUGGUGGGAUGAUCUCUGGCUCAACGAAGGAUUUGCCGAGUACAUGCAGUACCGGUCCGCCGAUAAACUGUAUCCCGCCUGGGAUCUUCUGUCGCAGUUCUUCUACUACGAGCACAUGUCUGCCUUUGGUGUCGACGACACCCGAUUCACCCACCCCGUUGCCAUGCCCAUCUCGGACCCCAAGCUGCUGCCGACCGUCUUCGACACCGUCACCUACAACAAAGGCGCCUCCAUCAUCCGUAUGCUGGAGAAUUGGAUCGAGUCUGCCACCCGUGCUGAUGGUGCCCCGCAUGGCCAGUUCUGGCACGGUCUCCGCCACUACAUUCAAAAGUACGCUCUGUCCACCGCCUCGACUGCGGAUCUGUGGCAGUGCCUCGAUGACAGCGCCUCUGUUCUGGGCGAAAACGUCGUCAGCACCACCAUGGCCAGCUGGAUCUCCAAGCCAGGCUUUCCGGUCGUGACCGUGGCUUUCACAGAGGGCCAUGUCGAGCUCGGCCAGUUCCGCUUCACUCUGUGGAGACACGCCGCCGACGAGCCCUCUGACUGGAUCAUCCCGGUCGCAUACAGCGUCUACAGCCUCGACCACGACGGCAAGCCCGCGCUGGUGCAGGGCCCUACGACUGUGCUCCUGUCCGAGACCACCAAGGUGUCGAUCCCGCAGUCUGACAACACUCUGCUUGUAGUUAACCCCGACCGCGUGGGCUUCUACCGCACGCUCUUCGACUCUCCGGAGUACUACCAGAAGCUCGCCCGCUGGCUCAAGAGCCACCCCUCGGCUUUCUCGGCGGCGGACCGGGCCGGAGCACUCUCCGACGCCUGGGCACUUGCCCUCUCCAACCGGCUCGAUAUCGCCACCGCCAUGAGCGUCUCCGAGUUCCUCGCCAUCGACCGCGACCCCACCGUCUGGCGCACCGCCAUCGACGUUUUCGAGCGCAUCGACGUCAUCGUCGGCAGCCGCGACCCGGCCCUGCUGGCCCUCUGGAAGACCACUGUCCGCGACUGGAUCAAGCCUCUUGCUGCCGAGCUCGGCUGGCACGAGCGCGACGACAUAUCAUCGCACCAGGCGCACUUUGACUCGCUGCUGCGCUCGGCGAUCAUUGCCUAUGCCGUUUCGCUGGAGCUGCCGGCGAUCAUCGCCGAGGGCGUCAAGAUUUACAACGUCGUCGUCAACAACCGCAACGAGGAGGUCUCGGAGCACAUGGUUGAUCUGGUCUAUCAGGCAGCCAUCUGCCACGCCCCUGAUCCGCACGAGGUCUUUGAGACGCUGCUGCACCCCGACGACGAGAUGCCCGGCGACCCGACCGAGGCCCUCGGCUGUGUGCAGCUUCCCGAGCUCCAGACUCGCUUGAUCAAGCACAUUCGAUCGGGCAAGCUCCGGCCCCAGGACGUCGUCCCCGUCCUCGAGAAUCUGGCCCGCACCAACCCCAGCGGCACCCACCACGUCUGGGAGUUCCUCCACCGCAACCCGGAUCGUUACCUCAAGACCUCCCGCAACGUCGUCAAGGUUCUUGUCGAGGACUGUGUCGCCCGGCUUGAAGACCCAGAGCAAAUCUCUCAGGCAUUUGCCUCUGUUGGCGGAGAGGGCAAGUGGGACGUCUACCACGACGACGAGCCCGGAGCCACAACCGCCAUCCGCAGCGGCCUGGAGCGCCUCAACGCAGCCAAGUUGAGCCAUGCUGCCCUGAAGAGCUACUUUGCCGGAUCCCACAACUCCGCCAAGGCUUCCGUCCCCGCGGCCUCCCAGAGCCGUGUCAAAGCAGCGAUCGAGUGCUGAGGGCCUCCAGUCCAUUCGCCCACCCCGCCUCCACGGCCCCAGCUUGACAACAGCCAAUGCACUUGCAAACCCCUCCCCAUCACGCAAUCGAUUCCCAAUCCUUUCUUGUACCUGUGUGCCUUCUGCAAUCAAAAUACACAA